UUCCUCAGCUGCUGAGUGUGCAGACUGGGGCCAGUAAACAGCUUAUAUAGAGGACUGGCUUGCAUAGUGUGACACAGGUGGUAAAUAAGGGGAGAAGCCGAACAAUCCCAGGGAGAAGGGUUAAAUACUGUCAGUAAUAGGUUGUGGGAGAGGGAGUGGGGCAGAGGACAGUCCUGCGUUCAGCGCGUCAUUGCAGGGAAUGAUGAGUGAGAAUAUACAGACCAGUUCCAGGAUGGAGGAGAGAAGGCGAUUGCAGCAGUGGAGAGACCAGAUCAGCAAAGAGCUGGACAGAGUCAUGGACUUCUGGACAAAGCACUCUGAGGACAAGGAAUAUGGAGGCUUCUUCACAUGCCUCGGUCAGGAUGGAGCGGUGUAUGAUGAGCUGAAGUAUAUCUGGCUGCAGGGCAGACAGGUUUGGAUGUAUGGCCGUCUCUACAGGAAGUUGCCCAGGUUCCACAGACAGGAAAUACUUACAGCUGCCAUCGCAGGGGGUGAGUUCCUCCUUACUCAUGCUCGCCCUUCAGCUGACUCCCUGAAAUGUGCAUUUGUGGUGACACGCGACGGCCGAGCGGUGAAGAUCCAGCGCACCAUCUUCAGCGAAUGUUUCUACAUCAUGGCUAUGGACGAGCUGUGGAGGACAACCCGCGAAGAGCGAUACAAGAAAUCGGCACGAGAUAUGAUGGAUCAAAUUGUUCACUGGGUGCGAGAGGACCCCUCCGGUUUGGGGAGGCCAGAGCUACCAGGGGCUGAACCAGUGAACUCUAUGGCAGUUCCAAUGAUGCUGCUGAACUUGGUGGACCAACUACGUGAGGAGGAUGAAGAGGCAGCGAGGAAGUAUGAAGAGCUGGCAACGUGGAGUGUGGAGAAAAUUCUGCAACACCUGCAGCGUGAUGGACAAGCCAUUUUAGAGAAUGUUUCUGUAGAUGGAAAUGAACUUCCAGGAUGCAUGGGCCGGCAUCAGAACCCAGGUCACGCCAUUGAAGCUGGUUGGUUCCUCUUGAGACAAGCCAUCACCCAGUCUGACCAUGAUUUGGGGCGGACUGCAGUGGAAAAGUUUGUACUGAUGCCAUUUCUGUCUGGAUGGGACUGGGAGCACGGAGGUCUCUUCUCUUUCCAAGAUGUGGAUGGACAUUGUCCAACGCAGCUCGAGUGGAGUAUGAAAUUGUGGUGGCCACACACUGAGGCUCUGAUUGCCUUCCUGCUUGGGUACCUGGAGACAUGGGAUACACAACUGCUUGACGGUUUCCAGAAAGUUUUGGAUUACGCAUUCAGCCGGUUUUCAGAUCAAGAAUAUGGAGAGUGGUUUGGUUACUUGAGUCAAGAUGGGAAGGUGGCCCUCAGCAUAAAAGGAGGUCCAUUUAAAGGAUGUUUCCAUGUCCCGCGGUGCCUAUAUAUGUGUGAGGAACUUCUGUCCAAGCUCUUGGAGGAGGAAGAAGAAGACAGACAGGCUGCAGAUGUAUCACCUUAGGUCACUGGAAGCUGCAGGAAGCACUCCCGGAUCAGCGAUGGGGAUGAGUCCCUGCUGAAUCGCCUCCAAUCAGCUGUGAACAAGUUCAUUGAUCAACUUCACUAAAAUAAUUACUUUAUGGUUUAAUACAGCUAAAUGUAACUCUGUACUACUUGUGCUAGGAAUUAUAAUGCUACUUACGUAUUUAAAGUUGACCUCCCCUAUGCGCAAAUGCACUAAACCUUGGAGAGUUAUAAAGUAGAGAGAGAGAGAAAGUACCACCCAAUCAGCUCUUAGCUGUCAUUUUUCAAACACAGCCUGUAACUUGCCAGUUAGGAGCUGAUUGGCUGGCUUAUACUCCGUGUAUAAUUUGUCUGCUAUUUUGAUAGAAAUAAUUCCAUCUCACUAAUGAUAAUAAACAAUUAUUAUUAUUUUA